UACACGUGAAUACACUGAUUGAUGCUCCAAAAUGAUUGAUCUGUUAACCUCUUUUGGUUUAAUGUGAUGUUUUCAAGACCCUUUAGUCGUUUCUUUGUCUUUCUUGUGAAUUUCAUUUGGAAAGUGGAGUUCUUGAAAUGAAACCAGCUCGACAAGGGGUUCUCUGUUUGAUUUUGGUCUUAAAUUUUAUUGGGUUUGCAAGUUUUUACGUGCUUGAUUAAAUACUGCAAUUUGCACAGUAUAUUCACAUUUUCCAUUUGAUGCCAGCAAUCUUACUGGCAAACUAUAUUGUUCAACAUUAUGAACCCCCAGAGUACAAUAAAUCCUAGGAAAGCCCUGGAAGGUGUGCAUGGGAUCCAUGUUGUGCCUCACUCGCCAUUUGCUUUGGAAGAUAUUACUCAACAAGGGGACUUCUCUCAAUCAAGCUGUGGAAGUCUAGUUAAUACAGAAAAUCAGCAGCUAUUACUGCAGAGAGUGUGGCAACAAAGACCAGGAUGUUUGAGGCCCAUCGAGUGCGGUAUUAAUGCUGAUUGGAAUCUUACAGAAAGAGUGGCAAAUGUGCUUACGUCACUUCCUUUUAUUGCUCUAGGAUUCCAGGCUCCAAGGAAGAACUUGAGUACUAAGUUGUAUGCUAGCUCAUUAGUUGGUGUUGGAGUUGCCUCGAGUUUGUAUCAUUCUUCAAGAGGAAAAAUAAGGAAGUACUUGAGAUGGUUUGAUUAUACAAUGAUAGCCACAGCAACAUUAUGUUUGUCAAGAGCCCUUAGAAAUGAGAACCCUAAGUUGCUGAUGGCAGCAUCUGCAGCAUUAUUGCCUAUCCAGCCUUUACUGGUGUCUGCUGUUCACACAGGGAUGAUGGAGGUGGCAUUUGCAAAAAGAGCACUAAAAGAUCCAGAGCUAAGGAAUGCACAUAAUCUGCAUAAGAUGUCAUCCUUGUUAGGAGGAGUUCUUUUCAUUGCAGAUGAUCUGUUUCCUAGUACUCCUUUCAUUCAUGCUGGUUGGCAUCUUGCCGCGGCUGUUGGUGUUGGCACCUGUAACAGGCUUCUUGAGUAGCACGCCUGUAUCUCAGGUCAUUUUCGUACAGUUCAAUUUAUCCACAGAGCUGCAGCUUCAACUCACAAACCAAAAUGGCUAUAUAUUCAUGCUCCAUGCAGCCAUAGUCUGGUACAAAAGGAAGGAUUUCCUGUUUGGGUUUAGCUUGUUGCAGUUCAAUGAUUCCAACCCACAUUGGGUUGCCUAAUCGAUUCUGUAUUCUUCCCUGCAUUAGUGAAAAAGGAAAAAAAAAACAGCAUUACCUUCAGUAGAACCGUUAUACAUCCAAUCUGAAGGAUGUAAUAUUUUCUGUAGAACAGUUUUAGUCUGUAAAACAAUUAGAAAGAAACGAAUUUAUUUUCUUCCUUGCUUUUGGUGAA